AUUCAAGCACACCAAUCAGUUAUUCCUAUUCUAGGUUUUAUUAUUCCUAUUUCCUAUAUAAUAAAUACAAGGGGAGAGAGAGAGGGAAAGAGAGAGAGGGAGGGAGAGAGAGAGAGAGAGAGAGAGCGAGCGAGCUUAGAAUUAGAAACCCAUUGGGAUCAUUUUUAGCGAGUACAGUAGUAUUUUUUUUGAAUCAAAACGCUCUUUUUUCUAUUCUUGGAGUUGUCAAGAUCAUUCGUUUUUCAUCAAGAUUCCAAUUUUGUUGCCCCGUCAAUUCUUUUCAAGGAUAAAUCUCCGGCGAGGGGAAGCACAGAGAGAGAAUUUGCAGAGAAGGAGGGAGAGAGAGGGAGGGAGAGAUGGGGGCGUGUUGUUCAGACGUGAGGGGAGGACAAGAGGCAGUAGGAGGGGCCCAGCAGCAGAGGAGCAUUGCCGCCGGUGGUGGUGGUGGUGGUGGGGCGGGGCACAACGACGCCGUUGAAUUCUUCUAUCGAACCAAAGGAGUUGAAGCUCUCUUUACCCAGAUUGAGUUAUCUUUAACUGCUUCAAAGUUACUUGAUCGUGAUAUCGUCUCCAAGAGUGAUCCGAUGGCAGUAAUUUAUGCUAAGAAAAGAGAUGGAUCUCUGGAGGAACUUGGUCGCACAGAAGUGAUGAUGAACUGUUUGGAUCCUGCAUGGAUUGAGAAAAUUAAUGUUGCUUAUCAGUUUGAGAUUGUUCAGCCCUUGAUCUUUCAUGUGUAUGAUGUUGAUACAAGCUACCACAAUUUACCUGUGAAGAUGUUGAAGUUGAAAGAUCAAGAAUUUCUUGGUGAAGCUAGUUGUGUUCUCUCUGAGAUUGUGACAAAACAAAGUCGGAGUUUGACGCUAAAACUCCACAAUAAGAAGGGGCAGGCUGGUCUGGUAAACUUGGGGACAAUUACCGUGCAUGCAGAGGAAACAAUUGCUUCAAGAAAUGCUGUCGAGAUAGCGUUUCGUUGUUCGCAUCUGGAUAACAAGGAUCUUUUUUCUAAAAGUGAUCCUUUCUUAAGAAUAUCUAGGAUUGUUGAGAGUGGAGGUUCUGUUCCUAUCUGCAAAACAGAAGUGGUGAACAACAAUUUGAAUCCAGUUUGGAAGCCCCUGACUCUAACUAUGCAGCGAUUUGGUAGCAAGGAUAACCCAUUAAUUUUGGAGUGUUUUGAUUUCAAUAGCAGUGGAAAUCAUGUUCUUAUCGGUAAAAUUCAGAAAUCGAUAGUGGACUUGGAAAAACUUCACAAAGAAAAAAUUGGUGCAAAUUUUAUACUGCCAUCAUCUCGUCACCAUACUCAUGAGAAGGUUCUGAAGGGGCAACUCUUCGUGGACCGAUUUAUUGAGACGAAACUGUACAGUUUUCUUGAUUAUAUGUCUAGUGGAUUUGAGCUGAACUUUAUGGUAGCUGUUGACUUCACUGCUUCGAAUGGUAAUCCGCAUAGUCGAGAUUCCUUGCAUUACAUUGAUCCUUCAGGACGACUCAACGCUUACCAGCAGGCCAUAAUGGAGGUUGGGGAGGUUAUACAAUUUUAUGAUUCAGAUAGGCGCUUUCCUGCUUGGGGCUUUGGCGGAAGGACAUACGACUGUUCAGUAUCACAUUGUUUUGACUUGAAUGGAAGUGCAGGUAGCUUUGAGGUUGAAGGAGUAGAAGGGAUCAUGGCUGCUUAUGCUAGUGCUUUGCGCAAUGUUACUCUUGCUGGCCCCACUUUGUUUGGCCAAGUGAUAAACACAGCUGCAGAUAUUGCUGGUCAUUCUGUCUCCUCUACCAAUAGCAAGUAUUUUGUAUUGCUUAUUAUAACGGAUGGCGUCCUUACUGAUCUCCAAGAAACUAAAAAUGCUUUGGUUCGGGCAUCUGAUCUACCCCUCUCAGUUCUUAUUGUUGGAGUUGGUGGUGCAGAUUUUACACAAAUGGAGAUCCUUGAUGCUGACAACGGACAAAGAUUAGAGAGUUCUACUGGACGGAUAGCUACACGAGACAUUGUACAGUUUGUUCCAAUGCGUGAGGUGCAUGGUGGGCAGAUAUCAAUUGUUCAGGCUCUGUUGGAAGAGCUCCCUGGUCAGUUCUUGACUUACAUGCGGACUCGAGAGAUCAUACCACAACCUGUUACUGUACCAGCUACAGCUCCUCCUCAAGAUCAUCCAUAUGUGGUCUAGUUGAUCCCUAAAAAGAUCUUUCAAAAUUGGAGUGAGCAAAAUCUCAUUUCUCAUAAAGCCUUGGUUGAUAUCUUGUCCGGAAGCGACAAAGGUAUUAAGAUAGGGCUACAUACAACAUAUCCUACAUACACAAGAGAGGGAGUGAAAAGGAAAGGAAAGAAAACAAUUGUAAAUGGUUAGGAAGGAGAAACACUAGUUGAUCUAGCAAAUAAUAUUUCAAGUUUGUUUUAAGAUGCUGUAGAAUAAUUGUCCAAAUAUUAAAAUGCUUUAGGAUUUUUUUCUCAAGCGCAAGCUGUUUUUUUUUUUUUUUUGGGCGUGCGUGCAUUUGUGGCUUCUUGCAAUUGGUGCUCUAAAACUGGUC